GUGGGGGUUAAAAAACUCAGAAAAAAAGUGCCCUAAUUUAAUAAAUGUCCACUAAACUUACAUAAUUACAUGGUUAACACGACAUUGGUUAAUUAACACUUAACCCAUUGCACACGUUUCACCUGGAAAAGUGCAAAUUUGCGGAAAAAAUACCAUUUUUAUAUUUGCCAACAACACGGCCGCGGUGAGCCCCUACGGAGGAGCAAGCGAGACAGCAACAAACACGAAGCGCAGAGCAAAACAAAGUUCGCUAACCGGCAGAUAAGAAGAAUAUGGGUUUUUUGGCAGAAGCAGUGGAAGAGAGAGUAAAUGAUUGAUAAGAGUGGCCAACGACAAUUGAAGACACCAAAGCACUCACACACACACACCCACACACACACCCACUUAUAUAUGUGCCCUUAUAUACAAAACACACACACACACUAGUUGCGGCGCUUAAUCAAUUAGCUGGACACUGGGCGCGAGGAGGCUCCGUAGUCCAUUUCUGCUUUGACCGUUGACAGUCGCGUGCGUAGUUAGCGUUUGCCGUCGGCCGCGGACAUUAUCAUCAUCAUCAUGCCUUCCAACGAGUUGCAGUCGCCCACCAGCGAAAUGGUUCUGCUCACCCCCAGCUCUGAUAAUCCGCCCAGCAUAGCCCCUGCUGCGACCAAGCAACCGCCACGCGAGGGCUCCGCCGAGUCGGACAGCAGUCGAGUGGUGAUGAAGAAACAGCUGGGCCUGCUGGAGGGUGUGGCCAUCAUACUGGGCAUCAUCUUUGGCUCUGGCAUAUUCGUCUCACCCAAGGGCGUGCUACGCGAGGUGGAAUCGGUGGGCGCUUCGCUCAUCAUUUGGGUGCUGUGCGGCCUGCUGUCCAUGAUUGGGGCCCUCUGCUACGCGGAGCUUGGCACGGCCAUACCCAAGUCUGGCGGAGAUUACGCGUACAUCUACGAGGCGUACGGAUCGCUGCCGGCUUUCCUAUUUCUCUGGGAUGCAAUGAUGAUAUUUGUACCCACAACGAAUGCCAUCAUGGGACUCACGUUCGCCUCUUAUGUGAUGGAGCCCUUCUUCGACAGCCCCUGCCAGAUACCAAAGAUCGCCCUGCAGCUGGUGGCCGCCGUCACCAUAUGCUCCCUCACCUACCUCAAUUCGUACUACAUGAAAGUGACAACGAAAAUGCAAAACAUCAUUAUGUUCACCAAGAUUGCCGCCCUUGUGCUGAUAAUCGUCGUGGGUCUGGUGUGGAUGCUGAUGGGCAAUGUGGAGAACUUUGAGAAGCCCUUCGAGAACACUACAACUGAUCCCGGCAAGCUGUCGGUGGCCUUCUACUCGGGCAUCUUUUCGUAUGCCGGCUGGAACUACUUAAACUUCAUGACGGAGGAGCUGCGCGACCCGUACCGCAAUCUGCCGCGUGCCAUUUACAUUUCCCUGCCUCUGGUCACCGGCAUCUAUGUGCUGGCCAAUAUGGCAUAUCUGGCAGUGCUCUCCCCAUCCGAGAUGCUGGCUUCCAAUGCCAUUGCUGUGACCUUUGGCGAUAAAAUUCUCGGUAUAUUUUCUUUCAUCAUGCCCGUCAUGGUGGGCAUCUCUGCCUUUGGCGGCCUCUCAGUGCACAUUAUGACCUCGUCGCGCAUGUGCUUUGUGGGCGCCCGCAAUGGCCAUAUGCCGGCGAUUCUGUCCCACAUCAGCGUGAAGAGCUAUACACCGCUGCCGGCGCUGGUUUUCAUGUGUUUUCUCUCCAUUGUGAUGCUCGUGGUGAGCGAUGUUUAUGUGCUGAUCACCUACAGCAGCAUUGUGGAAUCGUUUUUUAUCAUGCUCUCGGUAUCGGCCGUUCUAUACUUUCGCUACACGCGCCCCUGCAUGGAGAGGCCAAUUAAAGUCUCUUUGUGGAUACCCGCUGUGUUUGUCGUCGUGUGCGCCUUCCUGGUGGUCGUGCCCAUCUAUGUGAAGCCCUACGAGGUCGGAAUGGGUGUAUUAAUCACCCUAAUUGGCAUACCAUUCUAUUAUGUGGGAGUCGUGUGGCAGAAUAAACCGAAAUGGGUGCAGCACACGAUUGACUCUCUGACCUACACGUGCCAGAAGCUCUUCCUGUCCGCCAGGGAGGAGAAACAGGAUUAAAGGAACCAUCAGAAACCAGAAAUAUGCAUCACAUGUACCACAUCACGGACUCAGUAAUACCUUCAGACUAGAGACUAAAGUUGAACCUUUUUCUAUAUUUAUAUAUAUUUACAAAGCAGCUAAUGGGAGAGGAACUCUCCAAGCCAAAAAGAUAGCCCACAAAAAGCAAAAAGUCAAUAUGUAAUGAACAUUGUGACUCUCUUGGAACUAAGUGAGAUCUUUUAUAUUUAUGUGUACAUUUUGCAUGCAGCGUUGACCUCAAGUGCAAAAACAUGUCGAAUAGUAGUUUUUAGUUUGGACCAAACGCUUCUUAGACCUUAUUUCGACUGAUUUUUGUUAAAUUCUAGACCAAAGUGACCCCCCACCCCCCCAAAACUGUUUGCCAAAGUUGGAAUCUUCAGUUCUAAAUUAGCCAUUUAAAGCGGUUCCUUAGCCAUUAAUUUGUUGCAUUUCUAAUUUGUUACUUU